AACUAAUAAUAUUUGAUAAGUGUGCAGCAUGACCACCACACAGACGCUGCAGAGCACCAAAGUCCAGACACAGAGACGUUAUGAUUACAUUUAUGAUCCACUCUUUACACUGUCCAGCAACAGAGACCACGCUAGAGAGAGAUAUAAAGCUUACAUUGCUCCAGAUCGAGUGAAAAAGGUACCUCACUACGGACCCAUGUUCUCGGGGCUGAAUCACUUUCCGAACCAACAAAUACAGAUCGACUCAUGUGAUCCAGUUCCUACGUUCAUGUCCAGAAAAUGGCAAGGCUACCAAACCAAACAACAAGUUCACAUGAGCACUGUGAACCCCCACCUAGCGGUGUCAGGAGGUGACCGGUACAAGUACUCACGGCGCCCCAUCAUCCCGUUCCUCCAACAAGUUCCGCCGGAUGUGCUGCUCCAGACAACACGCGUGGACCCCACAAUGCCGCCCCCCGAGCAGCAACAAAGCAGGCCUCCUACUCCUCUAACUUGGACUGUGGGCGUGCAGACCAUGUACAGGGAGAGUGAGGCACAGACUGAACCGUACACACCGGAAUAUGUUACGGAGAAAGGUACAGUUCCGGAACUGCUGACUUUAGCUUCACUCUCGUAUACACGAGGUCUUCCUGCGGGACUUGCGGAGGUGGAGAUGAUUGAGAGAGCGAGGGAGAAACGAGCCUGGGAGAAGACGCUUCCUCCAGUUGACGACGUAUCUCAACUAUCUAAACGUAGAGCAAUGAUGGAGGAGCUGGAGAGAAAGGAGUGGGUCAUUAGGGAGAGGGAAAUUGAGAAACUUCAGCAAGUCAGAUUACAGGUUUUAAAGCAGAUUUUAGAGAAACGUGAGGAAGAUAAUAACGGCACAAACACUGAACGACUCAAUGCUAUUUGGUCUAAAAAGCAGGUGGCUAAGGAUGCGAAAUUCAAGAAGAUGAGAACGGAGAACAUCAAGGCCCUCAGAAAGCUAGCUUCGGAGAGGGAAAAGGUCGAGGGUAAACUUUCUCGAAGAAAUGUUGUGUCUGACUAUUCCUCUUUCGCUUCUCAGGUCUAUGCUCCACAAACUCGUGUCGGAGUAUUUCUGGAUAGAGGAUCUGAGCUUUACAAUGUGAAGAAUAGAUAUCUCAACACAUACGAGGGCUUACUGGAACUAGAGAACUCGCUGCCAGACUAUGUCACUCAGCCACGGAUCAAGCUUCCUAACCUUAUCUCUGGAAAGGGUGGUGCUAAGAAACGAUUUGAGAAACGUUUGAAGGAGCUUGAUGAUACAGCAGAGUUGAUAAAGUUAGAAAAGGAGAAACAAUUCGAGGUUCCUGCACCUCCCAGGUUCCUACAGAAGGUGGUCCGACCUCCACCUCGACCUCCCACGCCGAGUGUCGAUACUCCUUCCGAGGAGGAUGAGAGGAGAGAACUAGCCAUCAUAUUCCUACAACAACUACUUCGUGGAAGAGCUAUUCAGAACAUGAUGCAAGAAGGUAAAGAGAAGAGAAUGGAACUUAUCAACGAGCUUAGAUCAACUGAAGCUCUGAAGCCCGAAGCAGAGAAACUGAACAAGGACUCUAAGAAAGCAGCACGAGCAGUGCAACGAAAACAGCGCAUGAUGCAUCACAAGGAGAACCUGGCUAACGAAAUGUUGGAGGGUAUGGGAGGUAAGAAUAUUGGUCAGAUGGCAGACUUCUUGAGCAAGGAGUUGGUUAGACUCCAGGAGGAACAGAGAAUCCACGCCUUUGCUUUAUUGGCAGAGAGGAAGAGGAGGAUGAGGGAGGCGGAGGAGAGUGGUAAACGACAAGUUGAAGAAAGAAGAAGAGUGGAGGAGGAUGAGAUCUGGAGACACAUGUGUAAUUGUCACCAGGGCACAAUGGAGACUUAUCUAGAGGACAUCAUCGUGAGGAGUGUGGACAGGACUGCUGACGAACAGGCAAGAGAAGAAAUCCAGACGAAAGCAGAGAAGAUCAACGAGGUUGCUUACGAGCUGGAGAGCAGGAGAGAUAGAUUACAAUCUGAAAACAUGGUAGCAGAGCUUGUUUACUCUUUCCUGCUACCGGAAACGGAAAAAGAAACGCUCAGGGAAAACGUGAAGCGGGAACAGAGACGACACAUACUCGCCGCUCAUUCUGUCAUUCACGGCCAGACUACAGACAUCGAGAAGGAGGGUGAAUCGAGUAAGAAGUGACGGGGAGGACGUCUUUUGCAUCAGAAAAAGAAUAACUGCGAAGUUUAGUUGUAGAAAAAGUGCUAACAACUGGGUACUAUUAGAUAGGGACUAAAAAAGAACUGUGGAAAUGUUUAAUCAACAAGUUUUUACGUUUAAGAUGUUUGGGUAGAACUGUAAACUUGAACUCCACCUUAUUUCUAGUUUUGGUGCUUUCACCUGUGGAUGAUACUUGAUACUGGUAACUAAAUGUCGGCAGAAAUUUUUAAUUUUUUAAAGACUUUCACCGCCCAAUUCCCAUAUCUCAUCAUGGUUGAAAAAGCUUGUAAAUACGAAUUUUGAUGAUUGCACAGUGUAUCUGAUGGAUCCAGCGCGAACUAUGUACAUAUGUUAAUUGUAAAUUAGCAUGAGGCGUGACUUUAUAGCUCAAAUUGUUGUUUAAAUUUUCAAAACCAACAAUGAUUCGGUAUCAGGAGCUCUUGUAAAAGGAAAA